AAAUGGUUCAGGUUGAGGAAGAAAUGUAGUGGCAGGCACAGGUGGCUGGUUCAAUUACCUGUAAAUGAGGCUUAAUGCUUAUCAGGUGGAAAAACAGCUCCAAGUGACAUUUGGUUUUUAACAUUAAAGCAACACUAUGUAGUUUCCAUGUAAAAAUGACUUACAGCUCCCCCAUGUGGUUGAAAAGCGCAACUGUAUUAAAGGCUCCUUUAAAAGGGACUUUUAUUUUGAAACCGGAGCCGCCGCUGUUCUGCCGAUUGUAAACAGUGUAGUUAGUUGAGCUGCCGCUGUCUGUGGUGUCUGUGUGAACUGUGUGAGCUGUCAUCUAAAUGAUGUGAACAACUGUUUGUUGAUGGUGAUUGCUGCAGAUGUAACAUCAAGAUGUUAGUCACUGACCUCAAAACUAUGUUCAUCUUUGAGUAUGCAUCUGUGCUCCAUCCCUUUACCAUCAAUACAAUCUGUUAAACUGAAAUCCUGUCUCCUCUUUAUUAGUGCUCUGACCGGCACUCAGGAGGGUUUACUCGUCCGAUACAGAAUCAGAACCUAACAGUUUAAAAGCCUUCCUAACAAAAUUUGGUCCUUCGAGCCGGAUCGAGUAUUGCCUUCUGACAUAAUGGAAUCUGAUGAGGAGAUUAUUGGAGGAGCUCGCCCAAAACGCCAUACUCGUCCUCCAGCCUACCUACAGCAGUAUGAUGUGCAAUAUACCCGAGGCAGACAUAUCGCUGAGGAUGAUGCCCGACAGACUUGGGAGGCACCUGUCCACCGGACUCCUCCCCCAUCCUUCCAACCUUAUGCCACCUCCCUUGGUGAUGCCAGGGUCUGUUCCAAAGACUCACCGAUCCUGUCCUUGGGUAAUAAGCCUCCACAACAUCCUGAAAUACCUCAAUCAUCCUUCGCUUUAACUCGAACGGCUGAUAUCACUACCUCUUCACAAGACAGUGAGCUACAGCGCCUGCGUUGUGAGCGUGUACAACUAAUGCAGACCCACCAGUCAUUUCAGGCAGACUUACUGGAGCUGAGAGAAGUCCGUGCAGAAGUCAGAGAAUUAGUUCAGGUGGCUCAGUCCCUUCGCGCCGACUUCAAACAAGCCAUAUGUCAGAUUCCCUCGCCUACAAAGCUUAUGGCGUCAAACGUAUACUGGCGCUCUAUGAAGCCGCAUGAAUCCACAACCUUAGCGGAGGAUGGACACUUCGCUGAGUUUCCGCCACCUCCAUGGCCUGAACCUAAUGAUGACCUCAGGGCACAGAUGGGCUACCUCACGCUGUCUGAAAUGGGUGAAACUAGCUACCAAUCAGUGGUUCCAGGGCCUGGGAAGUAUUCCUUUGCUUCCUCAGCUACACCAGCGCCACCAUAUCAGUCUCAUUCCCCUAACGCUUUUGGACUUCCUCCUCCUCCUACCCCUAAGGAGCUCCAAGAGUUAUUAACACCUGCAACCAUGCCCUUACCUUCCCAUCACAGCGACAAGCAGAGAGACGGAUCAGUGCCACCAUUCAUGCAUUCUCAAGCCUUUGCACCAGCGGCUAAGACCAACCAACGCCCUGUACCUCCUUACUCUGGCUCUGAAUAUGUGUACCGGGGACCUACCCCAACGAUUCCCAAGUUUAGUCGUCCUGAUCCGGGUGAGUUUGCUCGACUUAGGAUAGCUUUGGAUAAUCUUCUUCCCCCUGAUGGUACUGAACUUUUCAAAUACCAGAUCUUAGUGGAUCACCUUAAGCUUGAGGAAGCCAAAAUGAUAGCGGAUGCUUAUCUGAACUCACCUACCCCGUUCACUGAUACAAUGGCUGCGCUCCAUGAGAAAUAUGGUCAACCACAUCAGUUAGCUUUGAGGAGGAUCGCUUCUGUGCUCGAAAGUCCUGACAUAAAGCGAGGUGAUGUCUCCGCCUUUCAAAGAUUUGCUCUUCAAGUGCAGUCACUCGUGGGUCUCUUGAGAACCUUGGGACGUGACGGCGAAUUGGAACUUAGUUGUGGGUCCCAUGUCGCACGCCUUUUGGGUAAGCUUCCCCCUGAGCAGCGUGCUGAUUUUCGGCGCCAUAUGUUCCGCCAACCUGGAACAACACCGAAUUUGGUUGACCUUUCGAACUGGCUCCGUUACGAAACCUGGUGUCACAGCUAUGAUGCCGAACCAACGCCAAAGGGCUCGCAUACUAAGUCAGACUCUGUGAAGAGGACAGUAACUAUUCUGCAUGGUGUUGGAGAAUUUCAGGGUGAGACAUCUAUCCCUCGGAAAGUUCAUGUUUCACAAACCAAGCCUGUGAAAGUCAAGCGUUAUUGUCCUUUCUGUGAUAAGGCAGAGCAUUACCUGAGUCAGUGUGAAUCCUUUGCCAAGCUUACCUCCGACCAGGUCAAAACAUGGAUUCGCAGUAACAACCGUUGUUGGCGUUGUGCCAGGACACACCAUGCUGCCCAGUGUGACCUAAAGAAGCCUUGCAAUAUCUGUCAAGCCAUCCACCUUCGUCCUCUUCAUGAUGUGAAUGUCAGUUCCUCUCCCAAGGACGAUUCAGCUAACAUGGAAAAGAGUUGCCUGACGAGUUCUUCUUCAGAUCGGUUAUUUCUGGAUAAGCCCUCUGUUGGAGGUCGGGUUAUGCUCAAAGUAGUUCCUGUUAACCUGCAUUAUGAAGAUCGCACAUUAGACACCUAUGCUCUUCUUGAUGACGGGUCGGAGAGGACUAUUCUGCUUUCCACUGCUGUUAAGGCGCUGGGCAUUCAGGGUGUUCCCGAGGAUCUACCUUUGCGAACAGUGAGGGAUGAUAUUCAGGUGCUUCAUGGUUCGUCCGUAUCGUUCCAGAUCUCUCCCUUCUGUAAACCCCAGAAAAGUUACAAGAUCAACCACGCCUUUACUGCAGAUCGUCUUAACCUGUCGCGUCAGUCGUACCCCAUAGAACAACUGCAACAGAAGUACCGACAUCUGCGAGGUCUUCCUGUCCGUACGCUUACAGAUGUCCAGCCGUUACUUCUUAUUGGUUCCGAUCAACCUCACCUCAUCACCCCAACAGAGCCUGUGCGAUGGGGCGGCCCGGGUGCGCCAGCUGCGGUUCAUACGCGCCUGGGAUGGACACUUCAGGGCCCCAUACCUUCCAUGGGGCGGCCUCAUGCCACACGGCAAUGUCUGUUUACCUCCAUUGCUCCGACUCAGGAUGAACUCCUUCAAAAUGUUCAACGAUUGUGGCAGUUGGAUGUUGUUCCGCAGUGGGAGGGCAAAGCGGUGACCAGGUCCAAGGAGGAUCAAAGGGCUCUUGAGUUGCUUGACCUUAAAACUCUCACUCAAGAAAUCGAGGGAAUCAAACGGUUGGCGACACCUCUACUGCGGCGGAAGGAUAUGCCUUUGCUGAAUGCACCUAAGGAAUCGGUCCUACCUACCCUUCGCAGUGUGGAAAGACGUCUGCUAAAGGACCCUGGAAAGGCUGAGGUUUAUAGGGAAGAGAUGAGGAAACUCAUUGAUACAGGAGUAGUUAAGGAAGUGGCUGACCCUGUAACCGAGCAGUUUGAAAGCUGGUACAUCCCUCAUCACAUCGUCAGUCACAAUGGGAAGUUUCGUGUUGUUUUUAACUGCUCCCAUCAAUACAGAGGAGAAAGCCUUAAUCAGUACCUGCUGCCAGGGCCUACCCUUGGAGCCUCGCUAUUAGGUGUCCUGGUCCGCUUCAGAGAACAUCCUGUAGCUGUGAGUGGGGACAUCAAAGCGAUGUUCCACCAGGUCCGUCUUCUCCCUGAGGACCGUCCUUUACUCCGUUUCCUGUGGCGAGACCUGGAGAUGGAUAAGGCACCCAAGAUUUUCGAAUGGCAGGUGUUACCCUUUGGCACGACUUCCAGUCCAUGUUGUGCUACCUACGCUGUACAGCGCCAUGUGCUGCAACACCCCCUGACUGAUGAGGCGAUUCGGUUCUCGGUAGAAAGAUGUUUCUAUGUCGACAACUGCCUGCAGAGUUUGCCUUCUUCUGAUGCUGCUCGGACCUUGAUUAAUCGACUACGAGACAUCCUUUCUGAAGCUGGAUUUGACAUUCGCCAGUGGGCCUGCAAUGAUCCUGGUGUGCUGAGUCACCUCCCGACGGAAGCUCGAUCUGCGAGUGUGGAUCUGUGGUUGACACAAGGGAAGUCGGAUGUCCCUGAAUCCACGCUGGGUCUAAGCUGGAACUGGCAGCAUGAUACCUUGUCUUACAAGCACCGGCCUGUGAUUUAUGGAUCUCCCACUUUGAGGAACAUCUAUAAGGUCCUGGCUUCCCAGUACGACCCUCUGGGAUUCCUCCUACCUUAUACGACUCGAGCAAAGGUCAUCAUUAAGCACCUGUGGAACAAACAGAGAGGGUGGGAUGACUCUAACCUACCACCUGAACUUCUCCAGUCCUGGAAUGCGUGGGAGGAGGAACUUCAACACCUCUCUUGUAUCUCUUUCCCCCGUCCUUAUGUUCCUGUUGAUGUUGGAAUGGAUAGAGCUACUCAUGAGGUACACAUCUUCUCGGAUGCGUCCGAGCAAGCCUAUGGAGCAGUGGCUUAUCUCCGAACUACUGACCAGGAUGGUCGGACUUACCUGUCCUUCAUAAUCGCACGCUCCCGUGUUACUCCAAGACGAACUCACUCCAUUCCAAGGCUUGAACUCUGUGGAAGUCUAAUUGCAGCACAGUUGGCUAAGUUACUGGUGACCGAGUUGACCUUAUGCAUCAAUUCUGUUUCCUUGUGGACCGACUCUACCACGGUCCUCCAGUGGUUAAAUUCAGAGUCAUGUCGCUAUAGGGUCUUCGUGGGAAACAGAAUCGCAGAGAUUCAGGAACUGACUGAUAAGUGUUCAUGGCAUUAUGUCAGCUCUGCGGACAACCCGGCUGAUGAUCUCACAAAAGGGAAACCUCUCCAAUAUCUUGCUGCACAGAACCGUUGGUCUCAAGGUCCCUCUUUCCUCCUGCAGGAUCCCAAAGAAUGGCCAGUAAUCCCUAAACCUGAGGUCAUGGAGGACAAAGCAGAAAUGCGGAAAUCUGUCUUCUGUGGGAUCAAUACCUUACCUCUUCCUUCUGACCACUCUGAUAAAUGGAACUACAACACCUGGCAAGAGUUAUUGGACAUGACUGCCCAAGAACUUCGGGCUAUCCAUGCUCCAGGGACGCCUCCAGAAGCUAAGGAUUACUGCCAGGCUGAGGUCGAUAUUGUCAAACAGGUACAACAGGAAUCCUUCCCUGAGGAUUACAAACUGCUGCGGACUGGGAAGUCGGUCAGGUCUGGAAGUCGUCUGGUUACCCUAUCCCCUGAAAUUGAUCUGUCCAGUGGGCUUAUAAGAGUAGGAGGCCGUUUAAGGAGAGUUGUUGACAUGCAGGAUUCGGUUCUGCAUCCUCUAGUCCUGGAUUCUAAUCACCCGGUCACUCGUUUGAUCAUUCAUCACUACGACCACCAGUUGCAUCAUCCUGGAUCUGAGCGUCUGUUCGCGGAAAUUAGGAGAUACUACUGGAUCUUACGAGGACGCGAAGCUGUCAGGAGGUUUCAACGUGACUGCCCUGAAUGUCAAAGGUGGAGAGCCCAGCCGACAAUCCCUAAGAUGUCGGAUCUACCCUCUGCGCGCCUUCAGCUCUAUAAACCUGCCUUCCAUUCUUGUGGAGUUGACUGCUUUGGCCCUCUGUCUGUGAAAAUUGGAAGGCGAACAGAGAAGCGUUGGGGCAUUCUGUUCAAAUGCUUGACUACUAGAGCUGUGCAUUUGGACCUACUCCCUAGCAUGAGUACCGACUCAUUUCUCAUGGCUCUAAGAAGGUUUGUCGCGAGGAGAGGAACACCAGCAGAAUUAUUGUCGGAUCAAGGUACGAACUUCCGUGGAGGUGAAAGGGAGUUACGAGAAGCUUAUGCCGCACUGGUUCCUGAUAUACAGCAUCAUCUUGCCAAACAAAAGAUACACUUCCGCUUUAAUCCCCCAUCGGCCCCUCACUUUGGUGGGGUUUGGGAAAGAGAAGUGAGAUCUGUCAAAUCAGCCUUGUACACAGUUGUGGGUUCACAGCCCGUUCCUGAGGAGGUCUUAAUGACAGUCUUGCUGGAAGUAGAGGCCAUCCUGAACUCAAAACCUUUAGGAUAUGUGUCGUCAGACGUGGCAGAUGCCGACCCAGUGACCCCAAAUAGUCUCCUAAUGGGGCGGCCUGAUGGAUCUUUACCUCAAGUCAUUUACCCAGAAUCGGAAAUGUUGAGUCGUCGGUACUGGAGACACUCCCAGGUCCUGGCAGACCGAUUCUGGUCUAAGUUCGUGAGGGACUAUCUUCCAGGUCUCCAAACCCGGCAGAAAUGGCAAGCUUCUCCUCCUGACUUAAAGGAGAAAACCAUUGUUAUGAUUGUGGACCCCCAACUACCUCGAAGCUUAUGGCCUGUGGGCCAAGUCAUCAAAACCCACCUAAGCCCAGAUGGUCAUAUCAGGUCAGCAGAUGUGAAGAUAAAGGACCAAGUUUAUACCAGACCAGUAGCCCGCCUGGUCAUCCUCCCAGCUUUACCAAAGGAUGGACUUAACGCCUCCAAGUAAAGUCGCCUUUAUGGGAACCAAAGAUGCUUGCAUCUUUGGGGGCGGCUGUAUUAAAGGCUCCUUUAAAAGGGACUUUUAUUUUGAAACCGGAGCCGCCGCUGUUCUGCCGAUUGUAAACAGUGUAGUUAGUUGAGCUGCCGCUGUCUGUGGUGUCUGUGUGAACUGUGUGAGCUGUCAUCUAAAUGAUGUGAACAACUGUUUGUUGAUGGUGAUUGCUGCAGGUGCAACAUCAAGAUGUUAGUCACUGACCUCAAAGUAAGCCUUUUGUGAUUUAUGUUUGUGUUAUUAGCGAUUUGAACGGCUUUACAUGUAUGCUGUAUAAUACAGACAUGCCCAGACUUGCCCUGAAGUAAUCUUUCUGUUAUAUUAAGAUUGUUAAUAUACUUUCUCAUGAAUAUUUGUUCUGUAUGGAACUGCAGAUCAGUAUUACGGGUUUCUGAUGAUAAUUAAUGAUGCACAAUUUGCGUGUUUGAGAAGUUGUUAACGAGUACGAUUUACGUUGCGUUUGUGUAAAUGCUGCGUCUUUAUUCAAUCCAUAUAUGGGCAUUGCAUAGUAAUGACAGGAUUGUUUAUGAGAGUUUACUGGGAAAUACCUCAUUUUGUUUAUGU